UGGAAAGAGAGAGAGAGAGAGAGAAAAAGGCGAGAGGGGGCUAGAAGAGCAGAUAGAUAGACAGAGAGAGGGAGAGAGAGGGGAGAGUGAGAGGUGAAGAAGAUAAGCGAGGGUUGAGAUCUUUAUUGUUUUUGUGAGAGAUCAUUUCCGGCGUUGUGGGGCGAAUCCGGUGGCUUUGAGUAGUGAGAUUCCGUAGAUGGGGUUAGCUUUGUAGGUGUUUUAGGGUAGAUUAAUUGGGAGUAGGAAGAUGGAUAGGAUUAGAGAUGCGAGGAGAGGAACUAUGGCGGCGACGAAUGGGUUGUCGAGAAGAAGACACAGGAAUCACAGCCUCAGAGACUCUCCAGAGGACGAUGGGCCGAUGGAGUUACAGGAGACGUCGAGGCUGAGAGAUCGAGGAGGGAGCGGGAAGAAGGAUCGGGAUCGGGAUCGAGACCGUGACCGUGACCGUGACCGGGACAGAGAUCGGGAACGGGAUCGGAUGAGCCGGAACAAGAGGAGAAGAGCCGAGAGGCUGAUGCACGGAAGCAAUAGAGACGACGGCGGUGAUGAGAGUUCGGAGGAGAGUGUCAACGAUGAAGACGAGGAUGAAUACGACGAUGGAGGCGGCGGUGGCUCUAUUCGUAUGCUUCCGCCGAAUCCGCCAACGACGUCGCUCUCUUCGUCGUCUUCGUUGUUGAAUCACCGCAAGAGCUUUCCUCCGGUUCAUAAUAAUAAUAAUAAGCCUUUUCGACCGCUGCCGGCGUUGAAGGUCACCGACGAGAUGAUUGGCGUUUCUGUACCCAGAAAAGCACGGUCAGCCUCUACGAAGAGGUCUCAUGAAUGGCCUUCCAGUUGUGGAGUCGUCGGAGACCAAUUUCACCGGCAGGCAUCGACUUCUCCUGUCCGGCCUAGCACAUCGUCUGUGGCGCAGCCGUCUCCGGCUCCGACCUCGCCGUCUUCCUCUCACGCUUCGAUUAGGAAGAAGACGAGACCAAAUGGCCCAAGAUUGAAGCCGGCGAAGAUGUCAACGGCGAUAACGAAAUCCUCGCCGUCAGCCCAAGACGAGAUAGAGAUAGAGAUCGCUGAGGUGUUGUACGGGAUGAUGAGGCAACCGCAGGGUCCAACAAAGCAAGAUACUAAUACUACAGCCACGGAUUCGACCAAGCUUGAAUCAAGAGAAACCAACAAGUCCACCAGUGAGGCGAAAUCAAGAGUCUCAUCGCCGAUCUCGAACUCGCCAUGUGCGCCUCAGUUGACGUCUUCUUUCCCACAAAAUUCCAGCUCAUCCGCAACUUCUAUCUACGCUACGGCUCCUAAGAGGAAGCGGCCGCGAGUGCCUCCGAAGUAUGAUGAGGAACACCCCUCGAUUUUCCCAGUUCAGAGCAGCGCCAUUUCGACUACAAACAAGGUCACUGCAGAUCAAUCCACGAAGAUUGAGGCUUCAUCGUCAAAUUUGGAGAAAAACCCAAAAUCCGUCCCUGAAAAUGGUGGGUUUUCCUACAAAAAGUUGUCCAAUUCCCUCGCCAUUCCGGUACCUGAUCCCCGGCCCGAAUCGGUUGAGGAGUCAAUAAAGCCGCAGAGCAGGGCUGUAUCAGAUUCAAAGCCGGGAAAUGAAGAACCGCAGAGUCAAAAUCCGAAGUCCAGGAAAGAUGAAGCUCAAUCUCCAAAGAAGGAAUCGCCAGUGUUCAGAUUAGAUGAUAAUCGUGGGGAUAUGACAGCGACCAAUAAAGCAAAUUCAACCAUCUCUGAGAUUGAGAACCACCGGGAAGAGAAGUUCCAGAUAGAUCUGAUGGCUCCUCCUCCAUUAAGAUCUUCUCCAGAAAGGGAUGGUGGGGUUGAUUUUGUGUCUGUAGAUCCCAAACCUACGGUCACAGUUGCAGAAACGGAAUUAAAGUCUUUGAUGACCAGAGAUGAUGACAACAAACCUCUGAAAUUUGGGAAGGAGGAGAAUGCAAAUUUGGAAACUGAGAAGUCUAACAGAGCAGCUGCAGCAACAGUGGAAGAAGCUAAGCUUAAGAAGGGUGCUGUGGUUGGUAAAGAAAGGAACAUUGAUCUCCAGCUUGAUUUGGAGAAGAGUGAUAGAGAUAGUGGCAAUGCUGGGUUUAGUAGCAGUAACAAGCUGCUCCAGCAUCAUGUUACUACUAAGCAACAACAUAUCGUCGAGAAAACUGCCGUGCAACCGGUCUCUGUACCUUUGCCAAUGUCUGUGCCUGGUGGCUGGCCAGGAGGGCUUUCUCCAAUGGGCAGAUACAUGGCACCUGUACAAGGAGUUGUUUCCGUGGAUGGGAGUGCUGUUCCUGCAGCUGCUAUACAACAGCCACCGCAAGUGCUUUUCAACCAGCCUCGGCCAAAGAGGUGUGCUACUCAUUGCUACAUUGCAAGGAAUAUAUAUUAUCACCAGCAAAUGUCGAAGAUGAAUCCAUUCUGGCCGGUGGCAGCUGGUUCAGGAUCUCUAUAUGGGACCAAGCACGUCAAUCCUAGCGUAAUUCCCCCAGAAUUUCAUGCGAAUAUUCCCGGUAGGGGUGCAAAUUCUGCACCUGACAAGGGGCAGGGGCAUGCUAUGUUUCCUGCCCAAACUGGGAAGGACAAAGCUUUGCCAGCAGCCAAUCUUAUGGAUGCACAGAGAAAGCAAUUAGUAAUCCAGCAAGCUCUACCUCCAGGCGCCCCUAGUAAUAUCUUGCACGGCCCUGCUUUCAUUUUCCCUUUGAGCCAGCAACAGGCGGCAGCUGCUGCUUCUGUUCGACCUGGGUCUGUGAAGUCUCCCAAUGCUGGCAGUGCAGCUUUGCCAAGUUCAGUGAACUCUUCAGCAAUUACUGCUGCAGCGACACCUGCUGUAGCUCCCGCGAUGAGCUUCAAUUAUCCUGGAAAUGAACCUCAGUAUCUGGCAAUUUUGCAGAACAAUGCUUAUCCAUUUUCAAUGCCAGCACAUGUUGGUGCACCACCAGCUUAUAGAGGACCUCAUGCUCAGACUCUACCUUAUUUUAGUGGGUCUUUCUAUUCUUCCCAAAUGCUGCAUCCUUCUCAGCUUCAGCAGCAGCAACCACCCUCUCAAUCACAGCAAAGUCAACAAGGUCAUCAGAACCCUAGUAUUUCCGGUGGUUCUUCAUCAUCGCAGAAGCAUCUGCAAAACCAGCAGCAGAGGCCACCUUCCAGUGGCGUGCAUGGUGGUAAUGUUGGGUUGCAAGGGUUUCCUGCCUCAAAAAACCAGUCUUCACAGACACUACAGCUGCAGCAGCAUCAGCGGCAACAUCAACAAAAUCCACAUGCCCCUCACCAAGCUCGCCAACUUGAACAUGAGAUGGGUGGUGAAGAUAGUCCAUCAACUGCUGAUAGUCGAAUCUCUCGUCCGAACAUGUAUGCUCAAAAUUUUGCAAUGCCUAUGCCCCUUCCAAACUUCGCUUUAAUGACACCUCCAACGGGUAGUGCCAGUGGAGCAACUGCUGCUGGUGGCAGUGAAAAGAAGCAGCAGCAAGGCUCAAAGGCUGGGGUUGAAGCAUCUCAAGCUUUUGCCAUGUCUUUUGCUUUAAAUGGUGCUAGCGCUGCUGCUGGCCUUGACAUGGCUUCCCUAGCACAGAAUCAAGCCAUUCUCCAGAGCCUCCCAGAGGUUACAAGGCAAAGCUAUCAACAGAGUAUGACUGCUGUUCCUGUGCAAGCCGCUCAACAGAAAAAGAAUUAUCGCCACCUUGAAGAAGGAAAAAGCGGAGGAGGUGAUUCCUCUAAUGUGGAAGAGGAAAGAAAGGGCAUGACAGGGAAGGCUUCAACUGCUGGUCAUUCCAUUGCUUUCUCCACUGAUGGUUCUGCUUCUACAAUACCGGGAAACAAUGUCCUAGAUAGCUCUGCGGCACGAAGUCUGAACCUCAGUUCUGCUCCUGGCAGAGCAUCCAGUUCUGUUAUGCCCGCGUCUGUGACUGCUGUUAAUGCUCCCACACCUCAGCAGCAAUAUCAGCAGCAAAUGCGGAAUCACCAGCAACAGCAGAUGCAGCAGCAACAACAGCAGUUGCAGCAACAACAUCAAUUGCAGCAGCAACAACAUCAGAUGCUUCAGCUUCAGAAGCAACAGCUACAGAAAAAUGCAGCUCGAAGUAAGACACCAGCAACAAGCAAUGGCAGCGUUUACUCUGAUCACCUUCCUUCAACCUCUUCUAUGGCUGCAAAGUUUCCCAAUGCACUUUCUUCAUUCCCCCAUAACCUUGUCCAAAGUAGCACCAGUCCAUCUCAAUCUCCUCAGUGGAAGAAUUCAUCCAGGACAAGUACUUCCCAGGUUCCUGCCUCAUCACUGGCCUCAUCAACCUCAUCAUCGCUGAAAACUCAUCCUCAAAAGCCAGCACGCACACAGCAAAGUCACACUCAGAUUUCUUUUGCAGCCAACCCAAAGUCUUCCACCCAAAAUCAGGGGAUGCAACCUAACAGUAACCAGUCCCCAUCUCCUCCAAUAAUGGUUGGCUCACCCACAACUACGACUUCGUCAAUGUCAAAGAGUGCUGGUGGAAGCCCAAGGACAAAUACCUCAAAUUCCAAUGGUAAUAAAGCCGGGCAAGCUUCUUCAUUGUCAUCUCAGCAGGUGAAGAACUCACCAUCAGUGCCCAGCCAGAAGUCAUCUCCUGUGGGUGGGAGGAAUGUUCCUUCGAGCCUAGGCAAUACCCACAUUACCUCUUCAAGCACUGGGACAAAAUCACAACUGACACAACAGCAACAACAUCAGCAUCAGCAACAACAACAGCAGCACCUGCAUCAACAGCAGCAGCAGCAACAACAACAGCAACAGCAGCAGGUGUCUAGGCAAUCUAUUCAGCAAGCACAGUUGUAUUUUUCUAAUGCUUACAUGCAAAACCAGCAAGCUGCGCAUAAUAAUAGUUCUGGCGGUACAGCAUCCCCUUCAAGUGGGUAUUAUGUUCCAACAAGACGGCGUGGUGACAUGCAGCAGCAGUCGCAGCAUUCUCAGGGAUCAUCAGGGACAUCGUCAAGUGGGAUGUUGUCACUCUGCACUCCUGUUACGCUUGCUAAUAAUACCGGCACCACUGAUCCUGCCAAGGCAGUGGCUGCUGCUGCUAACAACAUGAAAGGUGGUGGUUUAUCUUCACAGACUCUUAUCCAUCAUGCCCAGUUUGCUGCUGCACAAUCCUCUGGGCCGCAUCAUCUUGUUCCUACAGGCUUCCCUUAUGUUCAUGCUGUUCCCACUGUGGUCCAGAUGAAACCAGCAGAACAGAAGAAGCAACCAGCCGGUGAGUAGCUUGAUGCUUUUGGUGUUGACUUGGCAAUCCCCAUAUUUUGUGACCAUGAAGAACAGUAAAAGAGAGAAUCAUUUGUUGGGGUUUGUACAUCUUUGAAGGGAAGGGCUCAUUCCUCCCCAAGGAAAUGGCAGUUUUGCAUGCGCUAUUGAGAACACGAGAGACUAUGGAGAACAUGAGAGGAAAGCGCGUAAUCAUGUGAAAAAGCGCUCCAGGGGGAGGCUAGGUGGAGUUAGACCCACAGUUUUGGAAUGAAGUUUAGCAAGUGGGGAAAUUUGGUCCUUGAUGGAAUGUGUAUCCAUCCAUUGUACACUUCGUGUUUAUAGUCUGACAGGGUUGAUGGGGAGGUCUAAUUACAUUUGAUUGGUUUGAUGAGGAUAGAUCGGCGGCAGUGGAGAACUGGAAGUUACCCUAUUUGCUGGGCAAAGAGAGGGAAGAAUGCCAAAGAAUUAGCAGGAAGAGCAAGAUCCGCCGUUCCUUCUUUGGGGGUUGUAAUGGAGGAUUUCUUUUUGGGCUUCAUCUUUGGAGGUCUAAAUUUCCAGAAAGAGCAGUAAAAACAGUAUCUUAUUGACAUAUAUAUGCAGUGGGGAAAAGAAGAGGUUUUAUGAGUUUAUAAUGGAAAAUCCUCUUGCAAUUUUUUUUUUUAAAUUGUGUCAUUGCCUACUGGCUCUACAUGUUUCAUAGCUUUUGUUUGGUGCUUUGUGAAGUGAACUAUGAAAUAUCUGAUGUGAGAAAUGAGCAGGAAAGAAAGAAUUGGAAUUUGGUGGAAACAUUUUGCCU